AUGAAGUCAAAGUAGUUUUCUUCUAAAAAUAACGCUUCCACAAUGCAACGCAAUCAGAGUGCGGACACCGCCUGCGCUACGAUCUGCCCAACUUUCGAUGUGUUGAGGGAAAGGGUCGGAAGCCUCGCGUCGGAAACCGUCCAGCUGCUAAAUAAUCAAUAAGAGAAUCCUCUUUUACUACUACUAUGAGUCACAGUUCCCGUAUCGGUUUUGUGGUGUUUGGUUUGGGUCGAGCAGGUGUCAUCCAUUCCACGAACCUCAUACGAAACCCACAGGCAACCCUGAAAUGGAUCGUAGAUAUUGACGAAGACAAGGCCAAGAAGUUCGUGACAGAAAAUUUCAUGGAUACACAAGUUAUUGCCCCAUCCGACAUGGACAAAGCGUUACUUGAUCCAACCGUUCAGGCUGCAGUGGUAGCUACUCCAACUAAGAUGCACGAGGAUAUUGUGAUGCGCUGCUUACGAGCGGGAAAAGCUGUCUUCUGUGAGAAACCAAUUGCUCCUACCUUACAGGCUAUAGAGCAUUGUUACAAGGAGGCCGACAACCAACACCUUCCAUUGCUGUGCGCUUUCAACAGACGAUUCGAUCCAACAGUUCGGUCUGUGUUCGACAGAGUUCGAAAAGACGACAUUGGCAACAUUCAGGUCGUUAAGACAACUAGUCGGGACUCCGCUCCGCCAUCAGAAGGUUAUAUAAGGAUUUCCGGAGGGAUCUUCCAUGACUCCUGCGUUCAUGACGUAGAUCUCCUAUGCUGGAUGCUGGGUGAAGCUCCUCAUACAGUCUUCUGUCUCGCCCAUGCCUUCCAUGCGCACAUCGGAGCUAUGAAUGAUGUAGAUACAGUUGGAGUGGUUAUGAAAUUUCCAAGUGGCGCCAUCGGUCAGAUAGAUAUGUCACGCCAUGCUGUUUAUGGCUAUGAUCAACGUGUUGAAGUGUUUGGAUCUGGUGGAAUGCUCACCAGCGACAAUCAAAGCAGUCUCUGUGCCACCUAUUUUCAUGCCAGUGGGAGCACACAGAAUCCCAUCAAAGUUUCCUUCCCACAACGAUAUUCCCAAGCUUAUGAGUUAGAAAUGAAUCACUUUAUCGACGUAAUCAAACACAAAGACAAUUUGCUCAUCUCCAAAGAUGAUGUACUACGUUCAUUCACCGUCGUGGAAGCUAUUGAGAAGUCUUUCCGGACCGGAAAACCAGUCAGUUUAUGAAAAGAGAUGAUUGACCAGAACUAAAAUCUGAAAUAUUACAAUUAAUGGUAGUUUUUGGCCUAUAUUCUGAAAUUUUAAGUUAAUUUUAGUGAUUUUCCUCUUUUCUGGAAAUGAAGAAAUUUUACUACUACUUUUAAAUGCAGAUUUGUUGGACAUUUGAUUAAAUUUUGCCGAGAAACGCUCAUGUCAAUGAUGGUGGCCGAAAAUUAAAACACCGAAUAUUUAACAAUUAUACGUGCCCCGUUGGUUAUGGUAAUCUUAUAUUCGGUAAGCCUGAGUAGAAUCAUGAAUUGUUGGAGUAAAAACAGAAAGAAAUAACCCUAACAACAAGCUAUUAUGUGGUUUGACAACGACCGGAAGACAAUUGACUUUCCCUUGUCCCAAAUGUCGUUGCAACAUGCAAAUUAAUCAUGUAAUGUAUCAAGCAAAACUGCCUAAAUUUCCGUUACAUUCCUUGAAAAUUUUCAUACCAAAUUUAGUGGCUUUUUGGUGGAUAUGGAAGUCGCAUUUUCUAUUAGUUCUGCUAUUUUUUUAAGUUUCAUACUCUGGGGCAAACCGACUUUUUACGGCCAUUUCUUCAAGGCUCGCUCGUGCACUUGCCCGCUUGCAAACGAAUUCAUUAACAAUAUUUGUCGUAGCUAGGUUAUGAGCUGUGAGCUAGGUUACAAGGUCAUAACAUAACUCGGUUCAGCCAAUCAGAAGGCAAGAAAUUC